AUGGAUGUUGGUGAAUUUGAUGGCGAAGUGCUUAUUGAAGAAAUCAAUAAUAUUUUGAUUGUAGAUAAUCCCUUAAUUGAUUCACUCAAGGUCUAUUUUCUUCGUGAACUACGUCAUAAAGGUCUUUCAAUUGAUGACGUAAAACGAUUCUGUACAGCACACAAAAAUAAAUUUCCUUGGUUAUCCACUUUCAAAUGGAAUGAUAAUAAAGAAUCUCGUCUUCCAUUUAAUCCAUAUUGGCAACUACCGGAAUACCGCCAGGCAGAGAACGCAUUUAAAGAAUUGUACAGCAUUGGUAACAAGGCUCCUUUUCAGGCUUUUAUGCAACAAUUGCAAAAUAUUAAUGCAUUCCGUGCAAGAAUUGCAUUAAUUGGACUUAUUAUAUCUCGCCUACAUGUGGUUAGGGCAUCUCGUGAAUGGGGUGCGCCAGAACAUCAAUCUGCAGACUUUUUGAAGGUCGUUGGUACAAUGAACAAUUUAUCAGCUGGAUAUAAGCAAACUAUAGGAAGAAUACUUUCAAACAAUCAAUCUCUACUUCGCUUAGAUCAUACUAUAGAUAAUAGUAAUUUGUUCUUAAAAUCAGUUAUAGCUCAUAUUAUAGCAUUACAUGCUUCAAUUCCACCAGAUUCCACACCACUUGCGGCAUAUUUCCAUCAGAUAGAUGCAUGUCAAAAUACGUUUAUUUUGGCAACCGUUUCUGAUAUCGAAUCAUUAAUUUUAAGCGCUGUAAUUGCUGGAGGUGGUGGACAAAUUACUCGGUGUCCGGGAUGUAAAAAUAAUACAAUUGGUGGGGCUAACCAUACGUCAGCAGCUGGAAAUCGAAGAUUAGAUAACACGCCAAUAACUGGUCCUAUAAACUCCAAAGAUCAACCUGGAUAUAUCGGAGAACAA